GCCGUCGACGCUCAAGGCCGGGACAAACAGACGCCGCUGCAUUUGGCUGCGCAAAAUGGUCGUGUCGAAAUCGCAUGCACCCUUCUCGAGCAUGGUGCGGCCGUCGGCGCUCAAGACAAGGACGGACAGACGCCGCUGCAUUUGGCCGUGCAAAAUGGCCAUGUCGAAAUUGCAUGCACCCUUCUCGAGCAUGGUGCGGCCGUCGAUGCUCGAAACAAGGACGGACGGACACCGCUUCAUUUGGCCGUG